CUUCAUUUCUCUUCCUUCAACACGCCCUUUAAAUUCUCAAUCCACCACCCUCUGUUUCCACAUAAAAUAUCAUCAACAAACUUCAUUCAGCAAAAGAGAUAAUCACUUCAUUCACCGCCAUGGAUUUCAGGAUGAUGGGUUUGGAGUCUCCAUUGUUCCACGCUCUGAACCAGAUGAUGGACGUUUCAGAUCACGACACUGCAUCCGACAAGACACACAAUGCCCCAACACGAACUUAUGUUCGAGAUGCAAAGGCGAUGGCGGCAACACCUGCGGACGUGAAGGAGAAUCCGAAUUCGUACGUUUUCGUGAUCGACAUGCCGGGGUUGAAAUCAGGGGACAUUAAGGUUCAGGUGGAAGAUGACAAUGUGCUUGUGAUAACUGGUGAGAGGAAGAGGGAGGAAGAGAAAGAAGGGGUUAAGUAUUUGAGGAUGGAGAGAAGGGUUGGCAAAUUCAUGCGCAAAUUCGUGCUUCCUGAGAAUGCUAACACAGAUGCUGUCUCUGCUGUGUGUCAAGAUGGGGUUCUCAGUGUUACUGUGCAGAAAUUGCCACCACCUGAGCCUAAGAAGCCAAGGACUAUUGAGGUUAAGGUUGCUUGAUCUCUUUGUAGAAACAGGGGAAUGUAACUCGCUCUGUGUUUUGUUUUGAAAGCUUAAUUGCACUAAUGAAUGUGAUGUUUUAUUUUUCUAUUUGUGAAUCCUGUCUGAGAUUUAGUAGAAGUAAGAUUUUAUUAUUUCAGUUCAAUAAAAAUUGGGUGUUGUCUAA